AUGCCACCGAUCCUUCGCAGAGCAAUUCGCUCGGCGCAGAGACGAGUGCUGUCCUUCUUCGAUGGCAACAAUGCCCAGGCGGAAGACAACCCAGAGCCUCUCCUGGACGUUGUUCAGCAGUACCCUACGGAGGCGGCAUGGUUCAUCAAGGUCGUGAUGUUUUACGGCAGCGUCUCGAGCCUGGUGACCGUUUUCCCUUGUUGCCUCUUCUUGAUGGUCUACUGGAGCCCCUGCAGGCUUUGCAACCGACCACUGCGAUGUUGGCUUGCGCUGCACUGCAUCCUGCAGCUCCUGCAAGCCCCGGUUCGCAUGGUCUUCUACUACAGAGUGCGGGAAAUCCAGAGACUGAACGGAGACCUCCAGGAGUGUGUCCGUCAGCUCACCCAAGCACCUGCUUGGAGAACUAGCAAGGCAGUGUCGAUAACGAGCUAUGCCUGGUUCGUGCUGGGGGUGGUGUGGCUGCUGAACUCCAGCUACUGCGAACCUUGCCCUUGGCUAUACAGGUUGUCCCUUAUGGUGGUCGUCUUCUCCUUCUUGAAGCUGCUCAUAACACUAGUAGUCUUCAAUCGAUGCUUUCCGGUGAGAGGGGAGGCAUCCACGCAGCACAAGCCCCGGGGAGCCCCACAGGAGCUCAUUGAUGCCCUGCCCGUGCACGAGUUCGGUUCCGAGGAGCCGGCCGGCCAGGAUGAUGAUUGCUGCGCAGCACCGGCUGAAGCUCAUCACCGCCGCCAGGCAGGCGAGCGGCGGCGGGAGAGCAGCUGUGCGGUUUGUCUUUGUGACUUCGAGCGAAAGGACCUAGUGCGUCGCCUACCUUGCAAUCACGUUUUCCAUCAAAGCUGCAUCGAUCGAUGGCUCCGACGGAACCAGGUCUGUCCCCUGUGUCUCCGGGAGGUCAAGGCACCUUCCGAAACAUCCCUGGCACGAAGCUCGAAGCAGCUGCAUCCGCUGCCUCGAUCUGGCCUUGCCAACGGCAAGGCGGCAGCUCCAUUGCCCAAAAGGCAGGUGGACGUGACCCUCGACAAGGAGUCUCUGAAGCCAGCGGAUUCGUGCUGGAAUUGUGGCAACAGGUUCAUGCCGGACUCAGAGUUUUGCCGGAGAUGCGGCACGAAGCGGGACAUGGUACCUGUGGUGCAAGCGGACAGGUUUGGCUUCGCGAAUGUGCCCGGGGACGACGGCAGGUCGCUGCAAAUCACUUGGAUUGAUCCUGAGGGCCUUCUCGCCAAGUGGAAUGCGGAGCAUCCAGACGUUCAGGUCAACGAGGGGGAUCAAGUUGUCGCCGUGAACAGCUUCACGGAGGAUGUGGAGGCCAUGCGAACCCAGUUGCAGCAGAGCCGCAUCAGAAUGGCCGUCAAGGUGUUCGAGGUGCCUGACGCACCGGGGGAGCCUGACAUUGGCCGUUUGGACAAUGCCACACGACUCGUGCUGCCGAAGACAGCGACAGCGCCAGCAAGCGACUUGCUGGCACGCUGCCGGGACAGUGGAAGCAUGUACAUGACGGAUCCACGGUUCCCUCAGCGAUGUCGAGGGCGCACAGAGGGUUGA